AUGUCCACCCCUUCAGACUCGUCAGGUGGUAUGUCCCAUCCUGGCCCCUCUCCGGGGGCGGGCCUGUCCCCGGGGCCCAUCCUGGGCCCCAGCCCCGGACCCGAUCCCUCCCCGGGCUCAGUUCACAGCAUGAUGGGCCCCAGUCCGGGGCCGGGGACCCCCAACGCCCCGCACGGCAUGCAGGGCCAGAGCGACUACUCUCAGGACAGCAUGUAUCCUAUGCACAAGCCUCUGGAGGGCAUGAAUGACAAGACGAUGGCGGAGGCCAUGCACUACGGCCACAUGAAGGGCGUGGGGAUGAGGUCUCUGCACAGCGGCAUGGGGCCUCCUCAGAGCCCCAUGGACCAGCACAGUCAAGGAUACAUGUCCCCUCAUCCAUCCCCCAUGGGAGUCCACGAUCACGCAUCCAGCCCCAUGUCAGGAGGAGGACCCACCCCACCCCACAUCCCCCCCUCGCAGUCAGGGGCCAUGAUGUCCAUGGAUCCUCAAGGAGGCAUGUCCGGCAUCUCCGGCAUGCCCGGCAUGAGUCAGCAGGGGCCGCGGGGCCCGUCGGCCUUCAGCCCGGUGCAGCUGCAACAGCUCCGGGCCCAGAUCCUGGCCUACAAGAUCCUGGGCCGAGGCCAGCCGCUGCCCGAAAACCUCCAGCUGGCCGUUCAGGGCAAGAGGAGCCUACCCACAAUGCAACAGCAGCAGCAGCAACAACAGCAGCAGCAGCAGCAGCAGCAUCAGCAGGCGCCGAGCGCCAGUCCUUUCAGCAGGCCUCCAGGUAUGCCGAUGGCCCCGAUGGGCGGCCCCCAGUCCAGCCCCAUCCCGGCUCCGGCCCUGCAGGGACACAGCCAGAGCUCGGGACCCAAACCCUGGCCUGAUGGUCAGUCCAGUGACAGUCAAGCCAGUGCGCAGAAGCAUCUCACCCCUGUAGCCAGUGGCCGCCCGUCCCCGGUGCCUCCGCAGGCCGCUGCCGCCGCCGCUGUGCCCACCGGGCCUGCAGGGCCCCUCCCGGGCGGAUCCACAACCCCUCAGCCCCCGGGGCAGCAGGUGUCCCCCAUGCUCCAAAUGCAGCAGAAGCAGAACCGCAUCACGCCGGUCCAGAAGCCCCAGGGCCUGGACCCUGUGGGGAUCCUGCAGGAGAGGGAGUACAGGUUGCAGGCUCGGAUCGCUCACCGGAUCCAGGAGCUGGAGAGUCUGCCGGGCUCGCUGCCUCCGGACCUGAGGACCAAAGCCACCGUGGAGCUCAAGGCGCUGCGCCUGCUCAACUUCCAGCGGCAGCUGAGGCAGGAUGUGGUGGCCUGCAUGCGCAGGGACACCACCCUGGAGACGGCGCUCAACUCCAAGGCGUACCGGCGCAGCAAGCGGCAGACGCUGAGGGAGGCGCGCAUGACGGAGAAGCUGGAGAAGCAGCAGAAGCUGGAGCAGGAGAAGAAGCGCAGGCAGAAGCAUCAGGAGUAUCUCAACAGCAUCCUUCAGCAUGCAAAGGACUUCAAGGAGUACCACCGCUCGGUGUCCGGAAAGAUCCAGAAGCUCACCAGAGCCAUCGCCACCUGGCACACCAACACGGAGCGAGAGCAGAAGAAGGAGACGGAGCGGAUCGAGAAGGAGAGGAUGAGGAGGCUGAUGGCAGAGGAUGAGGAAGGCUACCGGAAACUCAUCGACCAGAAGAAAGACAAGCGCCUGGCCUACCUGCUGCAGCAGACGGACGAGUACGUGGCCAACCUCACCACGCUGGUGUACGAGCACAAAGCCGCUCAGGCUGCCAAGGAGAAGAAGAGGAGGAAGAAGAAAAAGAAGAAGGUGGAUGGAGACGGCGAAGGCACCAGCGCUCUCGGGCCCGACGGAGAGCCCAUGGAUGAGAGCAGCCAGAUGAGCGAGCUGCCCGUCAAAGUGAUCCAGACGGAGACCGGGAAAGUCCUGCAGGGGACGGACGCUCCCAAAUCCAGCCAGCUGGAGGCCUGGCUGGAGAUGAACCCCGGGUACGAGGUGGCCCCGCGCUCCGACAGCGAGGAGAGCGGCUCAGAGUUCGAGGAGGAGGAGGAGGAGGAGGCGGCCAAGGCGGACGGCGAGGAGAAGACCAUCAUCGAUCCCAACGGAGACGGCGUCAACGUGACGGCCGCCAAGCACAUCAUCGAGUCGGCCAAGCAGGACGUGGACGACGAGUACGGCGUGGCCACCGACCAGACCAGCUCCCAGUCCUACUACGGCGUGGCGCACGCCGUCAUCGAGCGGGUGGAGAAGCAGUCGUCGCUCCUGAUCAACGGCACGCUCAAGCACUACCAGAUCCAGGGCCUGGAGUGGAUGGUGUCGCUGUACAACAACAACCUGAACGGCAUCCUGGCCGACGAGAUGGGCCUGGGCAAGACCAUCCAGACCAUCGCGCUCAUCACCUACCUGAUGGAGCACAAGCGGCUCAACGGGCCCUACCUCAUCAUCGUGCCGCUCUCGACUUUGUCCAACUGGGUGUAUGAACUUGACAAGUGGGCUCCUUCUAUUGUCAAAAUCGCCUACAAGGGCACGCCGGCCCUGCGCCGCGGACUCGUGCCGCAGCUCCGCAGCGGCAAGUUCAACGUCUUACUGACCACAUACGAGUACAUCAUCAAGGACAAGCACAUCCUGGCCAAGAUUCGCUGGAAGUACAUGAUCGUGGACGAGGGCCACCGGAUGAAGAACCACCACUGCAAGCUGACCCAGGUGCUGAACACGCACUACGUGGCGCCCCGCCGCCUGCUGCUCACCGGCACGCCGCUGCAGAACAAGCUGCCCGAGCUCUGGGCGCUGCUCAACUUCCUGCUGCCCACCAUCUUCAAGAGCUGCAGCACCUUCGAGCAGUGGUUCAACGCCCCGUUCGCCAUGACCGGAGAGAGGGUGGACCUGAACGAGGAGGAAACCAUCCUGAUCAUCCGCCGCUUGCACAAGGUGCUGCGGCCCUUCCUGCUGCGCCGGCUGAAGAAGGAGGUGGAGUCGCAGCUCCCGGAGAAGGUGGAGUAUGUCAUCAAAUGUGACAUGUCUGCCAUCCAGAAGGUGCUGUACCGCCACAUGCAGAAAGGCAUCCUGCUCACUGACGGCUCCGAGAAAGACAAGAAGGGCAAAGGAGGCGCGAAGACCCUGAUGAACACCAUCAUGCAGCUGAAGAAGAUCUGCAACCAUCCCUACAUGUUCCAGCACAUCGAGGAGUCUUUUGCUGAGCACUUGGGCUAUCCAAACGGAAUCAUCAACGGCCAUGAGUUGUACCGAGCAUCUGGGAAGUUCGAGCUCCUGGAUCGCAUCCUCCCGAAGCUGCAGGCCACCGGUCACCGAGUCCUGCUCUUCUGUCAGAUGACCACUCUCAUGACCAUCAUGGAGGACUACUUCAGCUACCGCAACUUUCUCUAUUUACGUCUGGAUGGCACCACCAAGUCAGAAGACCGAGCGGCGCUGCUGAAGAAGUUCAACGAGGAGGGAUCUCAGUACUUCAUCUUCCUCCUGAGCACCAGAGCCGGCGGGCUGGGCCUCAACCUGCAGGCCGCCGACACGGUGGUCAUCUUCGACAGCGACUGGAACCCGCACCAGGACCUGCAGGCUCAGGACCGUGCUCACCGCAUCGGGCAGCAGAACGAGGUGCGCGUGCUGCGCCUCUGCACCGUCAACAGCGUGGAGGAAAAGAUUCUGGCCGCCGCCAAAUACAAGCUGAACGUGGAUCAGAAGGUCAUUCAGGCCGGCAUGUUCGACCAGAAGUCCUCCAGCCACGAGCGCCGAGCCUUCCUCCAGGCCAUCCUGGAGCACGAGGAGCAGAACGAGGAAGAAGAUGAGGUGCCAGACGACGAAACACUCAACCAGAUGAUCGCCCGCAAUGAAGACGAGUUUGAGCUCUUCAUGCGUAUGGACAUGGACCGCCGCCGUGAGGACGCCCGCAACCCCAAGCGCAAGCCCCGCCUGAUGGAGGAGGACGAGCUGCCGUCGUGGAUCAUCAAGGACGACGCGGAGGUGGAGCGGCUCACCUACGAGGAGGAGGAGGAGAAGAUGUUCGGCCGGGGGUCUCGCUGCCGCCGCGACGUGGACUACAGCGAGGCGCUGACCGAGAAGCAGUGGAUCCGGGCCAUCGAGGACGGGAACCUGGAGGAGAUGGAGGAGGAGAUCCGGCUGAAGAAACGCAAGCGCAAGAGACGACAGGACAAGGACUCCUCCAGCAGGGAGGACGCCGGCGCCAAGAGCAAGAAGAGACGAGGGCGUCCCCCGGCCGAGAAGCUGUCCCCGAACCCGCCCAAGCUCACCAAGCAGAUGAACACCAUCAUCGACACGGUGAUCAACUACAGAGACGGGUCUGGAAGGCAGCUGAGCGAGGUCUUCGUCCAGCUCCCCUCCAGGAAGGAGCUCCCAGAAUACUACGAGCUGAUCCGGAAGCCAGUGGACUUCAAGAAGAUCAAGGAACGAGUGAGAAGCCACAAGUACCGGAGCGUGGGAGACCUGGAGAAAGACGUGAUGCUGCUCUGUCAGAACGCACAGACCUUCAACCUGGAGGGGUCCCAGAUAUAUGAAGACUCCAUUGUUCUUCAGUCUGUAUUCAAGAGCGCCAGACAGAAAAUUGCCAAGGACGACGACAGCGAGGACGAGAGCGACGAGGACGAAGAGGAGGACGAGGAGUCUGAGGCCGAGGCCAAGUCGGUGCGGGUGAAGAUCAAGCUGAGCCGGGACGCCCGCGGAUCCGACAAGGGCAAGAAGAGGCAGAGCCGAGGGAAAGCCAAGCCGGUGGUCAGCGACGACGACAGCGACGACGAUCAGGACGAUAACGAACAGUCAGACAAGAGCAAGAGCGACGACGAGUGAAGUCGGAGCGGCGAGGUUCGGAGCGCCGCUCGGCAGAAGGACACAGUACCUUCCAUCCUUCAGGUUCACCUCUGUUUUCUCACAGCUGUUUCCGUCUCUCCUGUGCGUUGUCGUCUCCCUCCCGCCAGCUUGGAAAUGUAUUAAUAAUAAUCUAUACCAUACAGCAAUAGCAAUCAGCUUUUAUUCCUCUUUUUAUGGAUUUUGUAGGAUAUUUUUUAACUCGGUGCUCCGACAAAGCACACAAAAUUCAGUUCGAGAGGGGAAGCCGUCACUCUAUUUACUUUUUUUUUGCUUUAUUUGUACUCGCUUGCUUGCACUUUUAAAACAUUGGAAAUGAUUUAACCUGUGAAAAAAGCUGUAGAAAACCUGGCACACCCUAGCUAGCUAGCGCGGCUGGUCGCUUGCGGAAGGAGCCGUUUCUCCGUCUUCAGAUUCAUGGUUUGACUGUGCAGAGUGCCAAACUUGACUGGAGCUGAACCCCUCCCACAAGAAACAAUUAACUCUUAGUAACCAUUUCCAGAAGUUAGCGCCAAAGGCUCCAAUGAGGACUUUUAAGAUCGGAAUGUUUACAAGUGUUUUACCUAUUUUGCCAAUAUACUGCACCUUUGAUGGGAAUGAACAUGAAUUAGAGUGUAAAGGUUAGAACCUUUGAGACCAAUUAUAAAUAAUUUCGUGGCAUCAUUUUUGAGCCAGAAUGCCUCGAUUCAUGUUGUCAACAACUAGCAUUUUUUGCUAACUUAGCAUAAAGUUUAAAUUUCAGAUGCCAAAUAAACUAUAAAUAACUGAGUGGUGCAGUUUUCGGCCACAGAAUGACUUCCUGUGAAGGGAGAUUGUCCUUUGCGUGUCCGUGUUUUAGCCUUGGCUCAUUUUGGGUUUUUAAGGAAGUUACCACGGGACACACAAGCUAACGUUUAUAACCUAGCGUAGGUCAAAUGUGUGAUGUCUAAAUAUCUGAACUUCUCAAUGUGUUUUUGAAACAUAAUAUUUAAACAAGAUGACAAUCUUUUACAGGUUUUGUAGAUAAAUUUAACUUGUCCACACAAUUGUACCUAAAUAAAAGGAUAGGCGCUUUCUGAUAAUUGAUAUUUCAGUUUUUAACCACUUCUUCACUUUGAAAUUGGCCGAAAAAUGCUUGUGAUUGUAGCGACCCCAAGUCAUUAAAGCAAAGUUGUUGUUUUUUUAAUGUACUGGCGGACAUUCAAUGUCAGUGAACAUGUCAGUACUUUCAAACGUGUCCUAAAAAGAAUGGUUUCUCACAUAAAACUGAAAACACUUCAUUUGGUUUUGACUUUGUUGGUUGGUGUGCUCCGGUUAGCUGCGGUCAGCUAGCGGUUGCGGUCUGUUUCCUGGUUAAGCUAACAUUACGAUAAGCUAAUGGUUUACUGUGUGACAACACGACAAGUAUUGUUAGAUUGUGACGAGUGUUUUUUUGCAUCAAAUGAAAUCUUUGGUCCAUUUGUGAGACAAUCCAGCACCGGACGUUUUUGUUUUCCGCUAUUUCUUUAGGAACGGUUGUGAAUCUAGAAAUAGUUUGGUAAUUAAUUCCCAAAACUGAUAAAAUACCCCUUUAUUUUUCGGGGUACCAAAACCACUUUAUAGCACCUUUUUUUUUGUUGUGUGUUUUUUUUUUGCCUUAUUUGAUUUUAGCCAUCACUAAUUUAAGUGAGUAUUUGGCUCAGAUAAGGUCAGGUUUGCCUUAACGAAUCAAAAAAAGGAUCUUUUCAUGUCAGUGCUGAAACUGGCUUCUUUUAAAACAUGUAUUUUGUGAGAUUCCGGCUUUAAUACCAGCCUGACUGGCAACACCAGAGCCUACUUUAAGGCCUAAUGCUAGCUAAGUUAGCAUGCUACCCUGAUUUACCGAUUAAACCAACAAAAGUUCAAAGUUUUGGCUCAGAAUGUGAAAUAUGAAAAAACGAAGGGCGGGGUUUAGCUAGCCGGCUGCCAGAUGAGACGAUUGUGAAAGCACAGAUGAGAAUGUCAAAAUGAAAUGUAGAGAUGUUGCUGAAUAUGCUGUUUUAAACUGCUUUCAGUCAUGAGAUUGUUCCCAAUAUGUAGCCCUCUGUCAUCCAUAUCCUGUCUGUCAUGUAUACUUUCCUAACUCUUUCAAAAAGCUAUGUAACCCAGCUCUGUUCUAAUCGUUCGGUUUGUUUUUGUUUGUUUUUUCAAUAUAUCAUAAGUAUUGAGGGUCCUUGGUCCUGCAGGAGUGUGUUUGUGGUGAAAACAGUUCCCCACGGUGGAAUGAGAUUAGCGAGCACAGCAGUAAAUGUAGCGUCUGACCACGACGGCGGCGGCGAGCAGAGCAGAAAAACAGUAUUAGCAGUUUGAAAUUUCAUUUAACACAAUGUUCUCAUUUCAACAUUUGGACUGCGGUGUUUGUGUUUUUUUUUUUCUUGUGGAUAACUUUCACUCCCUCAUUUUAGUGUUUUUUUUUUUUUUUCGUUUGUUUGUAGCAUGAACUCUAUGAAAUUAUACUGUGCAAAGGCCAAUAUACCAUUUCUGUUUGUGUGACCUGUGCUUUGCUCUCCCUAAGUGUGACUUAAUCGUUUAAAGCUUUCUUUGCACAGGGUCUUUGUGGUUGUAUCUCAUAGCCCAGGACAAAUAAAUAUCACUGAUUUUUCUGCACA